CAUCAACUACUGUGGAUGGAACAUAAUCCAGACCCAUGGUGCCCAGGAGCUGCGUUGCUGUCCUUGUUUUCGGACUCCUGUGCUCACACUCAAAAGGAGUCCCAGAUACUGGACAAUGGAUAUGCCAGCCAGCACCCAAGUGUGGGGAUGAGAUCUACAACCCCUUGGAGCAGUGCUGUGAUGACGGGACCGUCCUGCCCUUGAAUGGGACCCGCCUGUGCGGCCCCAACUGUACUUUCUGGCCCUGCUUCCAGCACUGCUGCCUGGAAACCUUGGGCUCUCGGAGACAGGCUGUUGUGAGGUUUAAGGUCCCAGGCACGAAGUCCAACUGCACCUCUGCCCCCCUCACCAGGAUCUGUGCUCAGAAAUAUCUGCCCAGCAAGUCAUCUGCCAGAGCUGGAUUUAUCUGGGCCAUCCUGAGGAACACAGACACAGGACACUCAAGACUGUGAUAUUUAUGAAGAUUUAUCAACAUGAUCACUUGCAUAAUAUCCCCUAGGUCUAGCCAGGAGAUGCAAUGGAAAAAGCCAGCAACUCAGAAACACCAAUGAGAGAAGACCAACAGAGCCCACACCCCACCCAAGUCUGCUCUCUAACUAAAGAACCAGGAAAGGGGCAGCCUAGAAAUACAUGCACUCUUAGACAAUAACUUCUCUACUCCAGGCAAAUAUCACCCAGAACUCUGGCCCCACUCCGCUCCGCCAGCAAAAACCAGGUGAAGAACCCAGACUUCCACCCUCACCUGCCUAUAAGGAAAAGCCAUGGCUCUCCCUUGGGGAUGCUGUUGGCGAGGACCAAGGGGAAGGACCCACCUCCACCACUGUGGUGUCCAGUUUUUCUAAUGUAAACAGAAAAUAGUUUUAUUAAAUUACAUCUUGAUGGGUUAUAAGACUUUUCUAGCUUGUUCAUCUGUGAAGUUAUCAUAUCAUUAAAAUGUA